CUUGCAGCAUUGCAAGGAAUGUGUGCGUGCGGUGUGUGCAGUUUCGGUCGUGAAGUGAGUAUCACCAGCAGAUAAAAAGGACAAAACUGCAAUAACCGUUGUUCUGUCGCGAUGGGACGUAAAGGAAACUUCGAUGAAAAACCUAAACGAGUCAAGAGUCGAAAGUCGAAAUUCCAGAAGCCGCCGGAACUGCCGAAAUCCCUCAAAGCGGACCUCCCACCCUCGAGAAGGGCUCUAAAAAGACUCAAGAAAAGCCAGAAUCUUCGGAAGAAUGAUUCCAAACGUAGCAACGAGCACAAGAUGGGCGCGUCGGACGGGGGUGGUGCCGAUCAGUCUGCAAAGACAAAACAUUUCUCCGACGACAACAAGAAAUGGUUGAAGCCAAAGACGAGUAAAAAGGAGCUGCUCGAGUCGGAUGAAGAGGACGUCUCAGACACAGGGCAGCCACAGGCUUUUGGAGACAGCUCUGAUGAAGACAUGGUCAUGAAAGAUGAUUUCGAUGAUGAUGACAAAGAGGAAAAUGAGAGUGAGGAUGAAGAGCUUCCCGUAGAAAAAGCAUCCAAAAGACUGCUGAAGAAACAAGCGGAAGAUGCGAAAUUGGCCGAAGAAGAGAUGAAAACAAACAUAGCCGAGUCUGAGAUCUUCACCCUUCCCAGUGGCCAAGAAAUCGAGAUGGAGAAGGCCGAGCCUCCCGAUUUGGCGAUCAUCAGCGAGAGGAUCAAGGACAUCAUUCACGUUCUGGGUGACUUCUCAAACAGGCGAGAGCCGGGAAAGUCUCGUUCAGAGUACUUGGAGGUGCUCAAGCAGGACUUGUGCGAGUACUACAGCUACAACGAGUUUCUCAUGCAGAAGUUCAUGGACCUGUUCUCUCCUGCCGAGUUGAUCGAGUUUCUGGAGGCCAAUGAGGUCAACCGCCCCGUCACCAUUCGCACCAACUCUUUGAAAACUAGACGGCGUGAUCUUGCUCAGGCUCUGAUCAACAGAGGUGUGAACCUUGACCCUGUGGGCAAGUGGUCCAAAGUGGGGCUCAUUGUCUACAACUCCCAAGUUCCAGUGGGUGCCACUCCCGAGUACCUGGCAGGGCACUAUGUGCUCCAGGGGGCAGCCUCCAUGCUGCCGGUCAUGGCCCUGGCACCCCAGGAGAACGAGAGGAUCCUCGACAUGUGCGCCGCUCCCGGCGGCAAGACCACCCAUAUCGCUGCCAUCAUGAAGAACACGGGGCUCCUGUUUGCCAAUGAGUUGCACCAGGAGCGCUGCAAGGCCAUCAUCGGUAACCUUCAUCGGCUGGGUGUCAACAACACGAUUGUGUGCUCGUACGACGGUCGCAAGUUCCCCGAGGUGGUCAAGGGGUUUGAUAGAGUGUUGCUGGAUGCCCCAUGUAGUGGGACCGGUGUCGUUUCAAAGGAUCCUGCUGUGAAAACCAACAAGGAAGAGAAGGACAUCUUACGGUGUUCCCAACUCCAAAAGCAGCUGAUCCUUGCGGCCAUCGACUGUGCAGACUGUAGUGACAACAAGCCAGGCUACAUUGUAUAUAGUACAUGCUCAGUCAUGCCCGAAGAGAAUGAGUGGGUGAUCGACUAUGCACUGAAGAAAAGAAAUGUGAAAUUGGUGCCGACCGGGUUGGACUUUGGUCGGGAGGGCCUAACCAGGUACCGAGAGUACAGGUUCCACCCCUCGCUGAACCGGACAAGACGUUUCUAUCCGCAUGCCCACAACAUGGAAGGAUUCUUCGUGGCCAAGCUAAAAAAAUUCUCAAACACCAUUCCUCUCACCGCUAUCAAAGAAGAGAAAACAAAGGAGAAAGAUGAAAAGUGUGUGGAAAAGGUCGACGCCAACAAUCAGAAGGCUGAGCCGUCAAGAAAAAAGGUUCUCAAGAGGAAGGGCAGUGAGGCGAACCCAGAACCAUCUGCAUCCCAAGCAAAGGAAGGCAAGCACAAAAAGAAGAAACUUCAGCAGCCAUCAGGAAAGAUGGAUGAUGCCACAUCAUCCAGCAGAAAGAGUACACAAGGCGGGAAAGCCCAAAAAAGGAAACUUCCCAAGAUCGUUGGAGAGGUUGACUCUCCUACAGCCCAGAGGCAAGAGGUCAAGCUGAAGAAGAAGAAGGCCCACCAAGUCAGGAAGGGCAAGUUCCAGAAGAAGGACACCGUGGGAAAGAAGACCAGGAAACCACAGAGGAAAAAGUUUGCUCCUGCAGAAUAAACUGGCCGCCACCGAGACAGUGGUCUGGCAUGUUUUAUA